AAUGUUUUAUAUUGUAUAUUUCCCAUAAUAGCACGUCAUAUCCAAAUAUGCAAUUGAUACAAACCACAUUGAGAAUAUAUGAUGCAUAUAAUUUUCAUAUUGUGCUGUCAAGAAGGAAUUAUACUAAUUGAAUUUUAAUUUUGCAUAGUUCCAUCAUACAUUAUCCUCGUACCAAAAACUAAUUUUGAGGAUUGUUGAAAUUCGAACAUACGAAUCUCUCAACGACCUCAAUAUCAUGUCAAAAAUUAAAAUCCCCCCAUUUCCAUCUGCAUGUAUAAAUUCUGUCUUAUUCUGAAACUUAAUUUCUGCAAAAUUCUGCAGAGUUUCCACAUCAAGACAAAAACUUACACUUCCCUUCCAUCCUUAAGAAAGGCAGGGUACAACCUUUGCUCCCCAUAUCUCUCCCAUAUCUCAUGCUCAGAGACUUUCUGUAAUCUUGUCCCAAUUGAUGGAUUCCCAAUCCUUAAAAGACUAUAAAUAAGCCUCUCCCCGGCCAAAACGAGAAACAUCCAACACACUCUAAAUUCAAGUUUACGCAAUACUCCUCUUUAGUCAUGAAGGGAAGCAAGAUGACCAAGAACAAGGCCGCGGAAAGGAAGAAGGAGAAGGCGAUCGAGGACAUUUCGAUCUCUCGAAACAUCCAAACUUUGCAGCAGAUGAUUCCAGGAUGUGAGGAAGAGACCGAGGUCGAAACCCUGUUUGAGAAAUCCAUUGAUCACAUUCUGAAACUGAAGUCUAGAGUUCAGCUCCUCAGGGAUCUGUUGAAGCAAUGUGAUAAGUAAUGCCUUCCAAGGCGGCAUUUGCUAAGCAGGGGGGUAGUUCAUGUGGAUCCUCUAAGGAAGGAGGUAGCUUGUUCAUGGUAAUUUGAAGAAAAAAGUUGUGUAAUUUUGACCUUUUCCUUUUUUCUUCAAUUGAUGUUGCUUUUCAAUAAGUUUCUUCUUCCUAGCCUAUUUAAAUAAUUAGAAAAUGAUCGAGGAUAAACUAGUUCUUGACAAUAUCGUUUGCACAUUGUGACUAGUAGUAGAUUAAAAAAUUUCAUUAUGGUUAAGAGAAUAUUAUGUUCUUAACCCUUUGGAGAAAGGUACAUGAAUCAUAGUUAUAAAACCUAAAGGGGUACAUAGGAAAAAUAAGAGCAAAAAGUGGGC